AUGGAAGAAUAUGAAGCAUGUAUCUUGGGUAUUCAAGCAGCAAUUGAGCGUAAAAUGAGAAUCUUGGAAGUAUUUGGUGAUUCUGCUUUGGUCAUUUAUCAACUUCGAGGGGAAUGGAUGACUCGAGACUCCAAAUUGAUAGAAUACAAGGACUUGUCGAUGAAUUUGAUCAAGGAGUUUGAAGAAAUUUAUUUCACUUAUCUUCAUCAUGAAGAAAAUCAAAUGGUGGAUGCUCUGGCUACGUUGGCAGCCAUGUUUAAGGCUGAUGAUCAGUCUCGAAUGAUGCCUAUUCAAAUGAGUAUAAGAGAAAUGCCAACUCAUUGUUGCAACAUUGAGGAAGAGAAGAAAGACGGUCUCGCUUGGUAUUACGAUAUUCUCCAAUAUGUGAAGUAUCGAGCUUAUCCAGCUGAGGCAACUGAAAAAUGA